AUGGCGACUGCAACUCUCGAAUGGUUCGGUGAGCCAAAAGCCACGACAUGACAUCGCAGAGCUGAUAUCUAUGACUGACUUGUCCAACUCAUUAGGUGCCACGACAUACCGCCUCCGCAGCAACGGCCUCACCAUCUUCCUUGACGCCUGGCUAGAUAGACCGGACUGCUUGCCCCAAUACCUCGACAUCGACUCGAUCCACGAGGCGGACUACGUUUUCAUUUCCCAUGCUCAUUUCGAUCAGUACGUCCAUCGUCCAUCAAUCAAUCAACUCUUCCCCCCUCCGCCCGCCCACAUCGAGGGUUUUCUAACGAUUUCCUCAAUGAUUGAAGUCUUCCCGGAGCCGAUCGCAUCGCCCUGCAAACCGGCGCCACCGUCAUCGGCAACGGCGAAGCAAUCCACCUCCUCCGCCAAGCCGGCGUGCCAGACGAGCAACUGCUCCCCGUAGCCGGAGGCGAACGCAUCCCAUUAUACACCCGCAGCACCCUGGAGAAAGCGCGUCGAGGCGAGCUUCCCACGACUGAUGACAGGCCCCCCGGAGCGCCCGUCCUGCCGCAUCCCUCCCUCGCCGCCGCGGCCGUACACGUCUGGCCGGUCCUGCACUGCCUCAUGCCCGGCGCGUCGCAUGCUGAUAUUCCCGAAGUUAUGGAUACGGGGAAAGUGUACUGCGGUAGUGCACCGUACGCGUGCACGCUGGAUGUCACGUUCGGGAUGAAGUAUGGACUGCUUCGCAUUGGGGAGCACGUUCCCCGCGAGCAGAUGGAUGCCGGGAUGCGGUCGUUUGCAGCCUACGUCCAUCGUGCCGCGGUGAAGAAUUGCAUGUUCCAUUUCGACGGCGGGCAGCUGUUGUAUAAUUUUCUGCUGGGGGAGCGGCACGUUCUCUGCUGGAAUGCGCAUCUGGGCGGGUAUCGGGGGAUUCUGGAAGCCUUGGAGCCGCGGCCGGAUGUUCUGAUCCAGGCGAUUGCGGGACGGGCGAAUCUGAAUGGGAGGCCGUUUGAGGGGUCGGCCGCGGAGUUUGCGGUUUGUGUUUCCGACUGGCUGGGCGAUCCUGCGCAGGUGAUUUGGUGUCUGCAUGAUGAGGCGCCGAUCAAGCCGUGGACGGUGGAUGUGCAGCCGGCGACGAAGUUGGUGGAGGAUAAGACGAGGUCCAGAGUACGGAGGUUGGAGCCUGCGGUUGAGAAUGAAUUGUCUUGGAGAGUCUGA